AUGACCUUCAUGGACUCAUACAGAACCUGUACAAGUGUCGGCACACGACUCGCUGUACUCAACACAACAGCAAAGUACAAAGCUGUUACAACAUACCUGGCCGCCAACAGUAUCUCGAUUUUGAGGAUCUCCAUUGGAGGGGCGCGAGAUGGAGCAAUCAAUGGCACCAGAACAACGUGGAACACUACACUUCAUCCCCUGUACUGGGUGAAUGGAUUGAGAAUGGCUUUCAGCGGGCCUGACACCUUCUGGUGGUAUGGAAACCCUGACAAUAAAAACGGAACUGAAGGAUGUCUUGAACUCUACCAGGGCCAGCUAUGGAAUGAUGGACUAUGCGAUACUCUGAAACCAUUCAUCUGCGAAAAGCUUCUGAACUGA